CUUUUCUGCGCUUUACACAGUAUGGCCGGCGAUAUUAGCUAGCACUUGCUUUACAGUAUUCUCUGUAAAAGGGAAGACGGUUAAACCAAGAAAUUACACCUGGAUUGCUAAAGGACUGUACUUAAUAAAUUAUAACGAUCAAACAAGGGCUAAUUCAAUUGAAAACGUAACCGACGUUUAAUUUCUGUUGGUGUCUGUUAACUCACGAUGGAAGCGAACGGUGCACACUUCUUCGAGGGAACCGAGAAGCUGUUGGAGGUGUGGUUCUCCCGGCAAGAUGAGAUCAAAGGAACAGGGGACCUCCGUACCAUCCCAAGGUUUGAGUGGGACAAACUUCUGGAGAAUGUGCACUGUUUGAUCAUAAGUGUGACAAAGACCGACAAGCAGGAAGCUUAUAUACUCAGUGAGAGUAGCAUGUUUGUCUCCAAGAGACGUUUCAUUUUGAAGACGUGUGGAACCACCCUCUUACUGCAAGCACUGAUGCCUCUGCUGGAACUGGCCAGGGAGUACUGUGGCUUUGAUGCUAUCGAGAAUUUCUUCUAUUCUCGCAAGAACUUCAUGAAGCCUACCCAUCAGGAGUUCCCUCAUCGGAACUUCCAGGAGGAAGUGGAAUUUCUCAGCCAGAUUUUCCCAAAUGGAGCAGCGUACUGUAUGGGACGUUUGAAUUCUGAUUGCUGGUACCUGUUUACUCUGGAUUUGCCAGAGUUCUGGGAGAAUAAGCACGCAGAUCAGACGCUGGAAGUUCUGAUGAGUGACCUUGAUCCAGCAAUUAUGGAUCAGUUCUUCAUGAAAGACGGUGUUUCUGCAAAUGAUGUCACUCGUAUGAGUGGAAUUCGUGACCUGAUACCAGGUUCUGUGAUUGACGCCACAAUGUUCAACCCUUGUGGAUACUCAAUGAAUGGAAUGAAGACUGACGGAACUUACUGGACGAUUCACAUCACUCCAGAGCCAGAGUUCUCCUAUGUCAGCUUCGAAACCAACCUCUCUCAGACAUCCUACGAUGAUUUGGUCAGGAAAGUUGUGGACAUCUUUAAGCCAGGAAAAUUUGUGACUACGCUGUUUGUUAACCAGAGCUCCAAAUGUCGCAGUGUCUUUUCUUCCGCCCAGAAACUUGAGGGGUACAAGCGCCUCGACCGCCAGUUGGCCCAAUUCAACGAUUACAAUUUUGUCUUUACCAGUUACGCCAAGAGCCACCAGCAGAGUUGAGGAUUAAGAAUGAAAAAGAAGAGAAAAAAGAAACACUGCUACAUAGCAGGGCGAGGUCCCCACUGCGGUCAUCUCUCUGCCCGAGCAGAGAGGCACAGUCCCCUUUGCUGCCAUUGUUAUUCAGGAUUUAUUGGUUCCGACAAGGCCGCAGGCCCUACUAGUGUAGCCUCCAGUUUGAAUUGUUGUACCUAUAACUUAGAUCUCUUGCAUGAAAGCUCUCUUCUCUGUUUAGAUAUUCUAGCUCACUCUUGCUGUGAUCUUGAAGUGCAUGUAGAGGAUUUAAACACUCUCUGUUUGUUGCUGGCCAGCCUUGCCUCCUUGCUGCAGGUCUCCCCCCUCAUUCCCCACAGACAGGGCUUCCGCUCCCACUAGUCCAGGGCCCUGACAUGCUCAGAUGGGUCCACUAUUUUGUGCUUACCGACAGUUGAAACACGCCUCCCCACACACUCUUCCCCCCCCUCAACUGAUUUGCUGCUACAUCGAUCUGUUGCCAGUUUGUAUCCUUUUUGGUUUUGACUUUUGAGUGCACUUUAAGAACACAUCGUUUUCAGCCAACUGGAGCAGGACUCCUCAAUACCAAAACAGGAAACGGCAACCCUUUUUUUUGUCUUCUAGAAUGUUCAUGACUUUGGUCUUUUAUUGAGUGAUUAGAAGCAUGUGAGCUUUGGGCCAUAUAGCAUAAUUUGUCAAUUAACGUCGGAGUCUAUCUAAUGAAUUCCUUGUCAAAUCAAAAUGCCAUACUUUAUUAGCUUUGCACUACUAGAGGAUUGGCUAGAGGCUGACCGCUAGGUCAACAUUAUCUAGUUGUUCUUGGCAGUAAACUGCACUGCAGCCAAAGGAAUUCCUGCUAGAAUUGGGUCCGAACGCCAAGUCUGCCAUGCUUCUCUCCACCCCGACAAUCAUUUAGCUGUUGAAUGUGUCCUCAAAUGGAAAGGCUUUAAACUUGUCCCAGACAAUAGUAUGCGUUAGAGCAAAUCAUUUAGGAUGUCCAGUUGGGUACAUCACGGUAUGGAAUGUGUAACAUAUGCACUCUUAUACCCAGGCUCAUUCUACAGUAUACUGUCCCAACAGGACGGCUUUGGUGGUUAGAAUUCCCUGUGGUUUUAAACUCAUGCAUGCAUUCAUGAAAAUAUUGAUUUAGAAACAAACAUCCAAACUUAAAUGGAAGAAUCAGUCGCGUAAGAACGAAGGCUGUGCGAACUGUGAUUGUAGUGGGUGUUUAGACUAGAGGAGCCAGUUAGUGUUUUAUAUCUGAAUGUUAAUUGCAAAGAGACCUAGUAGACCCUUUGUAGCUGUGGUGUGGGCCAGAACUGCCCUCUGCUGUCCAGCAUGGUCAGCCAUUGUCGUCCCGCCCACCCCGUUGAUAUUUGAAACUAAGGGGUAGGGAUGUCCCUAGGAUCCUGCAUAGCACUACUACCCCCCCAAAUAUAGCAGACACUGUCAUCUGGCCCCAGAACCAUGCUUGACAUAGGUGCUGAUGGCUGCACAGUGUGGCCCUGAAUGGAAAUAACGAAUCACACUCUGCUUAGUACAGUUGUGGCCCAGCAAAGCAUUUUCUUUUUCUAAACAAUGUACCCCCCCAUACAGGAGUCGGUAAGCACACAAUAGAGGCCCACCAAUCUGAGCAUGCCAGGGUGAUCCCGGAUCAUUCCACACAACUGUUGCAUAAACUGCCAUUUUAUAAAUGUUAUUGUGGGCAGGCAUUUUGCAGUGAAUUGGUCCAAAAUGUGACUUCAUUGCAGUUUUUUUGGCGUACCAUCAAUGCCCUUUUGUUUAGUGAGAAAAAUCCUGUGGCACAGGUGACUACUAGUUCUGUAUUGCUUGACAGUGUAGUGUGCUGCUGUCAGUUUCUCCUGUGUAAGUAGAUCAAUGUGCUUCACCUUGUUUAAUCAGCUCAUGUACUGGGGCAUUCUGAUUUAUUGAGCAGGUGGGAUGGGGGUUAAUACAUAUUUGUUUAAAUAACAUGCAUACAUACAGUGCUGAAGGCAUGCCCUCAUCUAUCUGGUUAGUAUACAGACUGAGAGGUUUGUAAUUUGAGAGCGGAUUUUGAAAGGAUGUUGAGGAUUGUUCUCCAUUGGCUGGUCAGUAAUGUUCAUGAUGCUUCUCCUGCCAGCGAAUGCAGAUUGAGUUUAAUUUGCAGACAGCUGGGGUGGACAGGACUUUAUUUUUUGGGGACUGCAAUUUCGGGCCUGCCUUCAGAACUCCUGGGGGUUAUAACUGGCGCUGCUUUGCCCAGCUAGUUUAGAAGGCCCUUAGAACAUCGGAGUCCAUCACAUGAUGGUAUACUGUAGUUAACAGAAAAUUGGGCUUUCUUUAAACUGAAUGUGACAGACAUAACAAGCGGACCACUAGAAUGAGUACUUCAGUUCAUGUAAGGACCUGGGCAAAGUUGACAAUUGGAACGACUUGCCUCCAGUACAUCUGUGGCUUUUGGAAUGGUUUAGCAUUUUUUUUUUUUUUUUUUUUUUCUGAGGACCAACUUUUGCCAAUAGUCUUUAUCUGAAAUGUUCUGACUCAUGUCUGAGUGACCAGCCUCCACUGUUCUAGGAGCUGUAUUGACUGGUUUAGGGAAAGACACCAGCACUGUUCACAAAUAAAGGUAACUUUUGAUUGCUUUUGGGCUUGGACUUGAUCUGGGUCCUGUUGGUGUAACUUAUUUUUUAUUAAAGUCUAAUUCUUUUUCUCAAUACCAUUUUUACAAACAUUUUUGUAAGAAAUGCAUUUUUGCCUACUUCCAACUUUGUUUGUUUACCUUUUGUUGUAAAACCAGUGUUCCAGAUGUAUUUGUUCUGAAGCUGAGGGGAUUUAUUUUUAUUUUUUGAACAAGCUAAUUUCAUCAUGUAUUUUGUUUGCCUUACCAAGGAAAAGGUCAACUCCUCCCCUGAUGUGAGAGGGUGCAAUUGCAGGAUGUACUGAAGGGAAAAUGUUUGCUGUUGUAACUCUUUUACUGUUCUUUGGAUGGGCAAGAUGUGCUAAAUGUAUCUGUACUCUGAGCUUGAUGCUUUAAUAAAAAAAAAUAUUGCUCUUU